GGGGCUCAGUAGACAAAGACUGUGCUUCUCGGGCCCGCCCGCGCGGCGCAGGAAAGGGGCAGUGCGGUGGGCACACUGCACUCUGGAGCCCGGAACCUUCCAACUGCACGGGCCGGAGGGCGGCGCUCCAUCUGCUGCGACCCUGGGGUCCCUCACGGCGUUUGGAUGCGACUCUCCUGCUCUACCUCAUCGUCCUUGCCUGUGCCAGGAGGACACAGUGGCGAGUGCACACGUGGAACGCCGUGACUUUCCCAAGGCCUACUACGGUCUUGGACUCGGCUAGCUGUGAAAGUUCGAGAACGGCCGCCCACUUGGAGGGGCCUCCAAGGCCCUGCAUCUCCUUAGGCGAACGCAACCAAGCAGAGAGAGGCAGAGGCUUGAGUUUGAACGACGCAGAAGCGUUUUCAAACAGAAGGGGACUAUGGAUGGGGCCUGUGGAUGGAAGGGUGCUGCCAAGCCCGAUGUGUUCGUGGGAGCCGCUGAUGGUUAUGGAGAAAGGGAGGUUCCAGGACAGGGCUGGGAGCCGGCAGCAGACCAGAUCAGGGGCACGGGCAUCCGGCUACAGCUCUGGGCCUUGGGACAGGGUGAGCUAGGUGCAGGACAAGGAGCGUGCAGGUACUCCAGGCUUGAAGAGCACUAAAGUUGAAGUAGGGGCAAUAUAAAGAAAAGCUUCUCUAUUCCUGAUAUAGACAGCAUCAGCAUGCUCAGGUAUUUAAGAGCUGCAGGAUUUGUAGGAGCUGGCCAGUGUGGCAGACAGCAAGACCAGAGCUCUUCUCAAUUUUUCACCCUGUCCAUGGAUUUUGUUGCUGGGGCCAUUGGAGGAGUCUGCGGUGUUGCUGUGGGCUACCCCCUGGAUACCGUGAAGGUCAGAGUCCAGACUGACGCCAAGUAUACCAGCAUCUGGCACUGCAUCCGGGACACAUAUCGUCAAGAGCGGGUGUGGGGCUUCUACAGGGGCCUCUCACUGCCCGUGUGCACGGUGUCCCUGGUGUCGUCUGUAUCUUUUGGUACCUACCACCACUGCCUGGCUCAUAUUUGCCACUUCCGGUACGGCAGCAAGGACGCCAAGCCCACCAAGGCUGAUAUCACACUCUCAGGAUGCGCCUCUGGUCUUGUCCGGGUGUUCCUGACGUCACCCACUGAGGUGGCCAAAGUCCGCCUGCAGACACAGGCCCAAGCUCAGACACAGCAGCGGCGGCCGUCGGCCUCCUGGACAUCCGUGGCUCCCACUUUGUGUCCUGCACCCGCUGCUUGCCUGGAGCCCAGGCCUAAGUACAGUGGGCCGCUGCAGUGUUUAGUCACCGUGGCCCGAGAGGAGGGCCUGCGGGGACUCUACAAGGGCAGCUCUGCUCUGCUCCUUCGUGAAGGUCACUCCUUUGCCACCUACUUUCUCUCCUAUGCUAUGCUCUGCGAGUGGCUCACCCCUGCUGGCCAGAGCCAGCCAGAUGUCUUAGGCGUGCUGGUGGCUGGAGGCUGCGCUGGGGUCCUGGCCUGGGCUGUGGCUACCCCCAUGGAUGUGAUCAAGUCACGCCUGCAGGCGGAUGGCCAGGGCCAGCAACGCUACCGGGGCCUCCUGCACUGUGUGGUGACCAGCGUGCGGGAGGAGGGUCCCAGGGUGCUCUUCAAGGGACUGGCCCUCAACUGCUGCCGUGCCUUUCCUGUCAACAUGGUGGUCUUUGUGGCAUAUGAGGCUGUGUUGAGGCUCACUCAGAGCCUGCUCACAUAGGCACCGGUCAGCAGCAUCCACGUCACACAGCAGCUGGAGGCAAAGGGGACCAUGGGAAGGCUCAGGAUCCCACAGGGCUGUAACCGGAACAGCAGAGGGCCUUCUGUGCCAUGACUUAGGGGACGCCGGAACUUGGCCAGCCUAGCUGCUGACCGCAAAGUCAGGGAGUUGAUCUGUCAUCUGCUUGGGAGUCACAAGUCAGGAUUGUAUGGGUCUCCUUGAUGAGGACAUGUGUCACUUGGAGUCAUUUUUCACGGAACAACUGUCCAUUCCUGCUUGCACUGUCAUAUCCGUACCGAUUUCAGCACAUACCCUCGCCAACCCCUCUGGGUGCUAGGCCAACCUAUAACCACAGUUCCACUUAGCAUCCACCGAUUCACACUGUCCCCUCAGAGGCAGGCUAGGUAGGUACCAGACAGCAAGCUGAGCCAUCUGGCUACAGGCUAGGCUGGUUCCCUGUCCUCGGCUGCUCAGAGGGCCUACCGUUCUCAUUGCCUGAGGAAUUGGUGCAGGGCAACACCAUCACAUACCCACACUGCCUGUAGGUGCUGUGCGGGCCACAUGAAGACCCUGGAACCUGGUUUAGGAUCGGUUGUUAAUAAAUGUUUCUGUGGUUGCUCA